AAUCGCAUCAGGGUACACAUGCAGUGCCACACAGGGGAGAGGCCGUUCAGCUGCUCUCAGUGUGGGAAGAGCUUCAGCCUUCAGAGCGGCUUGAAGAGACACAGGGUCAUUCACACUGCAGAGAGGCCUUACCACUGCACGGACUGUGGUAACAGAUUCAAUUCUAGAGCGGACCUGAAAAGACAUGAACAGAUUCAUGCAGCAAGGUAGACCUUUGAGAUGAAGCAGGUUGAUUUAGAAAAUAACUGCCCACGUGUACUAUGUUCAAUGUAUCUAUAGUUGCUGAUUAAUUUAAUGUUGAAAGGAAUAAAACUCUUUGAAUACAUGAUUCUCAUCCUUUCUGAAUAAAUGGUUGGUCACACAGUGUUAUUUAAUUGUUACAUACACACACACACAGAUCUCUUAAAAGUAAAAGAGUAAUAAGCAAGUACCCUUGUCUGACCCCGAAUGGUGCAUAGAGCAACUUAGGCAAAUAAAUACAUUUGGAACAGUGCUUUAGACAGAUUGUCACAUCAAAUAAAAAUAUUUACCAGAUCGGUGCAAUUGCAUUGGCAGUAUAAUCACCUCGAUGUCACAGAUCAGUGUGGGAGAGACCCAUCCUCUACAGUCUAGUUAGGUAUUAGUUUAGCUAUAAUGUAUAAUCUGUGCUAUAAUAUACAGUAGUGUUCGGGAAACGAAGCUUCCUGAAGCAUUGAGCAUUUCAAGCUAAUUGGGUCGAAAAUAUGUUCAUUACUCUUGGCUUUGAUCAACACGUACACUAGUGGCAGCUGCUGGUAAAAAUAAUUUACAAUAGCUAAAUUGUUACAGUUGACGUCGCACGCGCAGGGUAGCCGCAGAUAAAAUAUUUGGGCUAAUUUUUUUUGUAUUCUACCGGAAAAAAUCAGGUGGUUCGACAAAACGACGAUUCGGACGUCAUUGAUCACGUGCUUCUGACAAAGCAAUACAAGCAUCCGUCCACUGCUUCGAAAUAAUCUGUUUAGCUACUUCUACGCAUGCCUCAGAGUUCCAGUAUAAAACGUGACAUCACUAAUAUAUAGUAGCUGCCUGUCUCUUUUACCUCUGUGUACAGUUCUAGUAGAGAUAGGUAGAAGGUUUUGUAACUAGUUGAUUUGUUGACGCACACCAAAAAUAACGUUUGGAAAGUGGAGGAAGAGAUACCUGACUCUGGGCACUGGUGUGAUCUGGAGGAGGCUAAAUCCAAGUCUUUCCAUUAUAGUGAACCAAACUGGGAAACAAGGGGGGCAGCUCAUCCAUAGAAGACUGGCUGUGAACUCUGGCACUGGUACCAAUAAGGGAAGGGGGGUUGAUUUUCCAGUGUUGGAUUGAUGUUGUUGCAACUAUGUCAGAGGCCAUCCUCACCUUCCAGUACCAGCUCAAUGGAGUCAUGGAAACAGUCCUAAAAACUGCUGUGCAUGAGAUCACUCGGCUGGUGAAGGACAGCUUCCUGGAGGAAGUGACAUGGAGCAAGCAGGAAGUGGAUGUCUUGAAGGAGAGGCUGCAGCAGUGUGAGCAGAGAUGGAGGGACGGAGAGGAGGAGAGGAAGAGGAGGGAAGUUGAAGAGAGAGAGCAGAAAAAGAAGAGGGAAGAGUGCGAGCCGAGGGGGAUAUGUAGAAGAUGUGGUUGUGCUGGAGACACUGAGGAGAGGGAAGAGGCUCGGUUAGGAGAAGAGGAAGGUUGUGCUAUCAAACAGGAGAUGUUCCAGCCAGGUGGACCCAGCACUCUCCCAGAGAGCGAGUGUCCACAGGAAAUGGCCACACCCAGCUCUUCCUGUGUCUCUGAAAGGAUGGAAGAGAGGGUGGUCCAUAUCAAAGAGGAGUCCGAUGACUGGGGGGACUUGGUUACCCAGAUGAUCACAUCCCCAGAUUCUCCCAUGAUGAGCCUGAGUCAUUUGCAGAGAUUGAGCUCACAUCCUGGGGGAUGGAUCAGUGAGCCUCUACCUCCAGCACAAUUGGCCAGGGACCCUCCACCUCUACCUCCAGCACCAUGGACCAGGAAGGAGCAGCACCUACUCCCAAGGUCAUUGAUACCCACCCAGGGGACAGAGCAUGCUGUAGGGGCCCUCGAGACCAGUCCCAAUGGCCUGAGCAUCAACACAAUGGCAGAGCUCGGGGUCAAACCCUACAGCUGUCCACACUGUGGGAAGAGCUUCCCUCAGCUCCGAAAUCUCAAACACCAUCAGAAGUACCACCACACAGGGAAGAAGGCCUUCACCUGCUCCCAGUGUGGUAAGGGUUUUGUGUACAUGUCCCACUUCAGGGUACACAUGCAGCGCCACACGGGGGACAGGCCGUUCAGCUGCUCUCAGUGUGGGAAGAGCUUCAGCCUUCAGAGUGGCUUAAAGAAACACAGGGUCAUUCACACUGCAGAGAUGCCUUAUGUGGUGGAAAUUAAAUAUUAAUUACAUACUAUGCUGUUUUUACUUAAGAGAAUUGUCUACUGUUAUGUUAGUUUUACUGAUACGGGCUUGUCUUGUGUGACUUAGUCAUAAAUCUGAGCGUACAGAUUUAUGAGCUGCUUGGAUGUGACACAGUAUGUGACCUCCUGUGUUUACGAUCAGCAGGAAUUUAGCUAUGUGGGAUUUGCAGGGAGGAACAGAGUGGAGGCGAUAUCAGCUAUCAUGAUCUACACAGAUGAACUAAAUUACUUCUUACAACUCUGUUCCCAGGGCCUGUUUCUGCACAUCUGCUAACUGUCACAAAGAUAAAAGGAUGUACUUUCUAUAAAAGGCAAAAGACAGCUCUGUUCAUGGAGCUUUUCAACUCUGACUAUUUUUUGUGAUGAUUGAUUGCUUCAUUUUUGCAAAUCUUAUAAAGUUGUUUUAAAUAG